UUUAGAACAAACGGGUAUAUAAUCUCUAUAUUUGUAAAACAGAGAGGAAAUAGCUUAAAAUAUGCUGAACGGGUACAUUUGUAACAGUUUAACAAACAAUAUAGUUAUAGGCAAACAGCAAGCUAUAUAAAGGGUGAUAUAACACCUGUUGUUAGAUUAAUAUUGACUGGUUUGGUAUUAACAGUUCAACAGAGGGAAUAUAUUGGAUUGACCUACAUGCGUCAAUAGACAUUUACAAUUCUUUAAAAUUCAAAGUUCAUUUUAUUUAACACUAAGACAAUAAAAAAAAACUGUAUGUUCGAGCUUUAAGAAAACAAGGCGAAUAUUUUGUUGUUUUGGGUGUAUGUAUGGAUUUGUAAGAACAAAGGAAUAAUGCAUAGCGGACGAGUUACACCUGCUGAACAAUCCGACGAAAAUUCGAUAAAUGGUGUACCCGAUUCUACCCAGAAUUCCCCGGAAAAAGUAGCGAAACAACCAGUCAUUGAAGACAGUCCAAAACAUAUAACACCUCCCCCAAAAUAUCAAGAAGUCUACGAUAUGAACGGAAAGUCAGAAAAACCAAACAGCAGCGUUGCAGUGAACGGUUUUCACGCGACGAAUUUCGACAAAAGUGUGGAUGAACUUCCAACGAAAUCUUCAAAGGGAGCGGAAGGGAGCCAAAAAGAUGGAGACACAGAUAGUAAAACUGAUGAGAAGAAAGACAAAGUGGGACCAAUGGUGGGAAUUUUCGAAGUGUUUCGGUAUUCUACAAAAAGAGACAAACUUUUUAUGAUAUUAGGGACGAUAUGCGCAAUGUGUCACGGGUCAGCAUUCCCUCUCAUGAUAAUCGUCUUUGGUGAGAUGAUUGAUCUUUUCGUCAUUUCCGGCAAGUUCGAGUAUGUCGUGAACCAGCUCGUCAACCUUGGAACAAUGGCUAAGCUAAACUUUACUUCCGCCCAAGUGAUAGGGGACCCGGAUUUACUACAACCACACAUAUCGUUCAUAAAGACAGACACGAACAACACAGUAGAUACAACAGUCAUACAAGACGCCAUUAACAACGACCUUCUUGAAGUGAUGCAAAGAUAUGCCAUCUACUUCAUAGCAAUCGGUCUUGGUGUCAUGGUGUUGGGUUAUGGUCAGGUCAUGUUUUGGAUGACAGCCUCAGAGAGACAGACGCACAGAAUACGUAAACAUUUCUAUAGAAACGUUAUGAGACAAAAUAUUGGCUGGUUUGACACGCAUGAAUCUGGGGAGAUGAAUUCUAGAUUGACAAGUGAUAUUUCAAAAAUUCACCAUGGCAUUGGUGACAAGAUCGGAACGUUUGUGCAGUGGUUUACAGCGUUUCUGAUGGGGUUCACGGUCGGGUUCGUGUAUGGCUGGAAACUAACCCUGGUAGUUAUUGCCAUCAGCCCACUCCUCGCUGGGGCCGCUUUUGUCAUGUCAAAGUUGGUGGGUAUGGCGUCGGGGGCAGAACUUAAAGCGUACGCCAAAGCCGGCGCUAUUGCUGAAGAGGUUAUGGGUGCUAUUCGCACGGUGGUGGCAUUUGGAGGUGAAGAGAAAGAAUGUGAAAGAUACAAUGCUAAUCUGAUCGAAGCACGAGACCUAGGUAUAAAGAAAGGCCUGGUGAAUGGUAUAACCCUGGGUGUGGUAUGGAUGAUCAUGUUUCUCGCCUAUGCGCUUGGGUUCUGGUACGGAGCUAAACUGUCUAGGGAAGAACCCGAAAACUACACCAUUGGAAAUGUCAUGAUAGUAUUCUUUGCUGUUUUAAUUGGUGCCUUCUCCCUGGGAAAUGCUGCACCUCCGCUUCAGAGUUUGUCAGUGGCCAGAGGAGCGGCCUAUAUCGUGUACCAACUUAUAGAACUGGAGCCACCAAUUGAUAGCUACUCAACAAAAGGGGAGAAGUUACAGAACUUCCAGGGAAGCAUUAAGAUACAGGAUGUGCAUUUCACCUAUCCAUCAAGACCAGACUCUAAGAUAUUACAUGGAGUCAACCUUGAGAUAAGCCGAGGUCAGACGGUGGCCCUGGUAGGGGCUAGUGGAUGUGGCAAAUCUACUAUUGUACAACUUAUACAGAGGUUCUAUGAUCCUGAUUCUGGAGAGAUUCAGAUAGAUGGUGUGAACCUAAAAGACAUCAAUUUGAAAUGGUGGAGAGAACAUAUCGGAAUUGUAAGCCAGGAACCAGUACUGUUUGGUACUACCAUUGGGGAAAAUAUUCGAUACGGACGCGAGGAUGUUACACAGGAAGAAAUUGAGGCUGCUACAAAAAUGGCCAAUGCCCAUGAUUUCGUUAUGGCACUGCCUGAGAAAUAUGACACCAUGGUUGGUGAGAGAGGUGCACAGCUCAGUGGAGGACAGAAACAGAGAAUUGCUAUUGCACGUGCCCUCGUGCGUGAUCCUAAAAUCUUGUUGCUGGAUGAAGCCACAUCGGCCCUGGACACCGAAAGUGAAGGAGUAGUACAAGAGGCCCUGGAAAAAGCAAGUCAUGGUAGAACAACAAUAGUUAUUGCCCACAGACUGUCUACAAUCAAGACAGCUGAUAUGAUUGCUGGCUUUAAGGAUGGUAUUAUUGUUGAGAAAGGAACACACUCCGAGCUGGUGACCAAAAACGGAAUUUAUCAAAACCUUGUGAACAGACAGAGUACCAAGACAGUUGACGAUGAAGAAGUGGAGAUAUUUGAAAAAGCAGCUGAGAACACACCAAAAAAGAAAGCAUUGAAAACACAACAUUCCAUGAUUGUUUUCCCGGAACAUAAAAAGGAAGAGGAAGCGGGAAAAGCAGAUGAGGAGAAGAAAGAGGAAGAGGUGAAUUCAGGUUUGAUGAGAAUUUUGAAGAUGAAUGCCUCAGAAUGGUGGAGCAUUAUGCUUGGUUGUAUCGGCAGUAUUUUAAAUGGGGGACUCAUGCCUGCAUUUGCUGUCAUUUUUGCUGAAAUUCUUGGGGUGUUUUCAAUCGAAAGUAGAGAUGAACAAGAAAAAGAGAUCACCAAAUAUGUCCUAAUGUUUGUAGGAUUGGCUGGACUAAGUCUUAUAACAUAUUUUCUCCAGGGCUACAUGUUUGGAAGAUCAGGGGAAUAUCUCACAAUGAGGCUCCGAUCUCUGUCCUUCAAGGCUAUGCUUAGACAGGAAAUUGCAUUUUUUGAUGACCAUGACAAUAGUGUUGGAGCUCUUUGUACACGCCUGUCAACUGAUGCUUCACAGGUUCAAGGGGCAGCGGGCGCUAAACUUGGCUCAAGUUUAAUGGGUUUAUGCAGUAUUCUGACUGGCCUGAUCAUUGCGUUCAUCUACAGUUGGAAACUCACACUUCUGAUUAUAGCAUUCCUUCCCUUUCUUGUGAUUGGUGGAGCUCUUCAAAUGAAAAUGUUGGCAGGGGCUGCUGGGAAAAAUAAAGAGGCUUUGGAAGCUGCUGGCAAGAUUGCUAUUGAAUCUAUCGAGAACAUCAAAACUGUUGCCUCGCUGACUCGAGAAGAAAUGUUCUACAAGAAGUUUAGUGCUGAGCUCGACAUUCCAUACAACGAAGCGCUAAAGAAAGCACAUGUGAUUGGAAUCUCAUUUUCGUUCUCUCAGGCUGUCAUGUUCUUUGCGUAUGCGGCUUCUUUCUGGCUAGGGGCAUACUUGGUUCAACAGUCAGAAAUAGAUUAUGUUGAUGUGUUUAAGGUAUUCUCAGCUAUUGUAUUUGGUGGUAUGGCGAUUGGAGAAGCGAGUUCAUUUGCUCCGGAUGCUGCGAAGGCAGAACAAUCAGCAAAGGAAAUUUUCAAACUACUUGACAGGGAACCGAAGAUUGACAGUUACUCUGACGAGGGCUGCAAAUUGCUUGAGGAAGACACAGAAGAAAAGGGAAAGUAUAGAAGUACCGUUGUCUUCUCUGAUGUCAAAUUUGUGUACCCAACACGACCAGAUACAAAAGUGUUGACAGGACUGAAUUUAAUUGUGCCUCAAGGUCAGACGGUGGCGCUAGUCGGUAGUUCAGGUUGUGGUAAGAGUACAACUGUACAGCUGACUGAGAGAUUUUAUGAUGCAGAGGAUGGAGCAGUUUACCUCGAUGGAAACAAUUUGAAAGAUUUGAACCUGAAAUGGUUGAGGUCACAGAUUGGUAUUGUUUCUCAGGAACCCGUUCUGUUUGACAGAAGUAUUGGAGAAAAUAUUGCAUAUGGGGAUAACGAACGCCAGGUGUCUAUGGAUGAGAUCAUGGCGGCGGCCAGAAAAGCAAAUAUUCAUCAGUUUAUAACUUCACUACCUCAGGGUUAUGACACGAAUGUUGGAGAGAAGGGAGCCCAGCUUAGUGGAGGUCAGAAACAGAGGGUGGCUAUAGCCCGGGCUUUGGUCAGGAACCCUAAAAUACUUCUCUUAGAUGAGGCUACAUCUGCGUUGGAUACUGAAAGUGAAAAGGUUGUACAAGAGGCAUUAGACGUGGCUAGGGAGGGAAGAACCAGCAUUGUUAUCGCCCAUAGACUUUCUACAAUCCAGAAUGCUGACAAAAUCUGCGUGAUACGUCAUGGUGUCGUCACAGAGGAAGGCACACACAGUGAACUCUUGAAGAAGCAAGGGUUCUACUACAAACUUAACAUGGCACAGCAGAGAAAGAAACAGUAAUUAAAAUUAAUCAAACAUGUUGCAGUGUACAGAAUUGCAACCACAAUUCGUUUUGAGUGCUUUAGAAAUCCCGACUUUGUUUAGGAGGUUGAUAUUGAACUGUCAAGAGCAGUUUUAGCUUGUGUAUACUGUAAUUUACAGCUACUCUCAGGUAUAGUGAAAGAUUAGCCAUUCUUUGGUUCUUGUAUUGACUUUUCAGUCAGUUUGUUUGAUGUUGUGAAAUUUUCAACCAUUUUGGUUGUUGCAUUGAAAUGUUCUGUAAUUCUGGUUGGUGUAUAGACAUUUUUAGUAAUUUUACUCAAUAAAAAGAAAUAUUCAGCCAUUUAGCCAAUGCAGGGAAUUAACAAACAUUUCAUACUGUCACUGCACUGCAGUUAAAUGCUUAGUUUGGUUGGUAGACUGCAUGUUUCAGGUAUUAUAUUUAUUACAAUGAAAUUUACAAUCAGUUUUGCCACUGUGGGGAAAUUUAUAAGCUGUUUGGCCACUAAAGUGAAAUUUACAAUCAGUUUUGCCACUGUGGUGAAAU